UAUUUUAGUUGAUUUAAAGUUUUUAACCUGUUCUUGGAGAUGGAGAGGGUGCGAGCCGUCGUCUACAUGUCCGUGAUCUUGUCUGUGAUGACAUCGUUCUGUCAGGGUCAAAGGUCAUCUGAAAACCAGCUGCCGCCUGCGCCGGACGAGCCCGUGUUCGGACUCACAACCAGUGAACUGGCUGAAGCGCUGCACGGUUUCUUGGACGAAGCUGACAGCAGAGUCGGUCUCUCUGUGGAGAAGAAAGCCAGCGUGAUCCCGCGGUGUGACGUCGGUGAGCGAUGUGCCAUGAAACAUGGGCCUCGGAUCGGCCGGCUCUGCGACUGCCUCAGAGGAACGGCCUGCAACACCUUCUUCCUGCGCUGCUAUUAAAC